AUGGGAAACACACCAAUUAUCAUUGGAAAUCAAACACUGUUAAUCGAGCGAGAGAUAGGCAGUGGUGGGUUUGCAAAACUGUACUUGGCGCACCCACAAAACAACCCCUCACAGACAUAUGCUCUCAAAGCUCAGCCGUACUUCGACCAAACCCGACUUGAACAAAUUAAAAAGGAGAUAACAAUCCACAAGCGGUGUUGUCAGAAUGCUUUUGUCGCGAAUUUGUAUAUAUCAGCCGCGUUUUCUAACCCACGAAAGGAAGUUCUUAUGUUAAUGGAAUACUGUCCGAAUACAUUAGUCGAAAUACUGCAGAAGGGAUACCCCAAUCCGCUCCCGGAGUCUGCCACACUCGGUAUAUUUUAUCAACUUGCUAAUGCAAUUUGUUACCUUCAUUCCCUCACCCCGCCAAUAGUCCACAGAGACAUUAAAGUCGAAAAUGUGUUGUUCUCAGAAGACAGAAAGUUCAAGUUGAUUGACUUUGGAAGUGCAAUUGAAGAAAACGCUUUGAUUCGAAGACAAGGCGACUGCGCGAUAGUAGAGGAGGAGAUAUCAAAGAUGACUACAAUGGCUUAUAGAGCUCCUGAAAUGAUUAGUUUGUAUCAGUACAUGCCUAUUGGCUGUAAAAGUGAUGUGUGGGCUCUCGGGUGUUUAAUUUACAAGUGUUUGAUGCUUGAAACGCCGUUUGAGGAAAGUCCCAUGAAAAUCUGUGGUGCCAAAUAUGUGAUGCCAAAUUGCACGUCUUUCAUGCAAAAACUCUUUUCGAUGAUAUUUAUAGUUAACCCGGACGAUAGGGCAGAUAUCUUUCAAGUCCUUGGCGAAAUAACAGACGCUACAAAACUCCAGAAUCCUUUUUAUUCAAAACGAAGACCUUUUACUAUUAAAAGUGAAGUUAAUAGUUCAAAUAUAGUACAACCAAAUCAAGGCAUUCAAAACACUCAAGUCACACAAUCCCCAAGAAUCCCUUUGAAAGUCUCUGGAACACGUGAAGGUGCUCAAAUAGAAGAGAAAAAACAAAAUAUGGAACCUCAAAAAACUCCACAACAAGUCGAAAGAGAAAAAGACACUCCAAAAGAAAUGACGGGGGAAGUCACUGUUAAACCAACUCCACAGAAACAUAAAAAGUACAAGAAUUAUAGAGUCGGCGCAGUUCAACAAAAGGAUAUUGACACUCAACAAAAGAAAGAAACACAAAAGGAAAAGACGGCCGAGUUCGAGCAAUUCGACUUCAAUCAAAAUCCUUCGAGCGUAAAAACUCCACUAAAAAUCGAACAUGAAAGUUUCGACUUUUCAUCAACCGCUUUCGAUAAAACACAAGACACUAAUAAAACAGAGACUUUCGAUUUCCAGGCAGACGGUCGUACACUGCCUACUUCAAAAAUCACUCAAUCGAACGAACACUUCACUUUUGGAGAGACACAAUUUGUUGGUGACGAUAAAUUCGGGAAGUUCGACUUUAACACUGAUAUCCAAUCAACACCACCACCAGCUUAUUUAAGUACACAAGGCGGUGAAUUCAAUUUUAAUACUUCUCAAAGAGUCCCAAGCAAGUUUUCGUUCUAA